AUGUUUGUAACGGUCCCCAAAUCUACGGUCAAGAAGAUCAACCAAGACGAGUACGUUGCUACUCUACUAUCCCAGAUUGCAGUCUUGGACUCUCGUGCGAAACGGGCUGGUGCGACCCGCUCGUUGUACCCCAACGUGUAUGAUGACGUUGAAACUAACGAUCGCUACGAGUACUAUGAUGUUUAUGAUAACCCCAGUAACACGGGGUCGUUGUACCCUAAGGUGUAUGAUCCCGAAAUUGACCUUACCGACGAGUACUAUGGGUUUUGCGAUGCACGCAGUGAUAUCGGACCGCUGUACCCCAACGUAUACGAUGAUGGAGAAACUGCAGAUAACACUGAGCACUCUGGAUUUUACGACGUGUCCAGUGAUAUCGGUCCAUUGUACCCCGACGUGUAUGAUGAUGGAGAAACUGCAGAUAACACUGAGCACUAUGGAUUUUACGAUGUGUCCAGUGAAACCUUUGUUGAUAUACCACCACCACCACCUACAGUCAGACCAAGUCAGGUGUCGGUCCCAGAAUCGCUACCCACCCAACAACUGACCCAAAUCGGGUUUGUCAUUUCGGGCUCCAAAUUAGCUAAGGUCCACAGCUCGAAUCUGUAUCGGUCACUGAGGAACAAGGAGCUAACUGAAAUUGCAAUUACCAACACUUCCGACAUGUGUAAGAACUGUAACAUGUUAACUGUAGCACCCGCUAACAUUGAGCUUGCACGCGCUGAGAGUAGCAAAUUGUCACCAGUACCGAUUGCACCCAGUGCAAUGUUGCCGCCUGUGCUACGUUCGGACCAAGACUCGAGUAGUAGUUUGAACGCGGAUGAGCCUGUUGACGAAACUGACCGUAUUCGAUUUGGGUUCCGUAUUUCAGGUUCGAAUGUAGUCAAGGUCCACAAGGUUAGGACUUGCCGCGUACUAGAAGGUAAGACACUGUCUAAGGUCAUGGUGUACGAAUCGACGGCAUUGUGCCAACUUUGCAACUAG